UAUUUGUCUAUAAUUCAUUCAAUGUUUUGUUUUUGGCGGUCUGUUUCUGGAUCCCUGGAUCUUCUGGGGAAUUUAGAAAUUAAAUACUAAUAUUUUUUUCUUAUAUACUUAAUUACUUACCGGCGAUAAGCUUUGCAGCAUUCACUAUGACGUACGGUAAAUUGCACAGGUUUUUCCUGCAAACUGUUGCCAGCCAAGGUGUUCUAUCAAUUACAGACGCCGAAACUGUUCUGAAUAACUUUAACGGUGAAGAAGCCAGUCCACCAGUCCAGGAUGUGGUAAAAGCUAUCAAUGAUCAAAUAAGACCUUUUCAACAGGAAAUUAAACUAGCUAAGGAUGAGUUCACUAAUGAAGAUGUAGUUAUAUUCUUGUCUCUCGGUUAUGAUGAUGCUACAAAGUCACAGAAUUUCUUUUCUGCUACUGAACUCGAGUAUUUUAGGAUCCUCAUUGAACAGAUCAUGACUACAGAAUCAAGGCAGAUCACAGGAAUUAAUGCUAUUAAUUUAGUUAGUAGAAUGAAAUCUACUUUUACUAAAACUGAUGCUCAAAAACUGCUGGACACUUGGUGCAGAAUGCGGUACUUGGAUAAAGAACAGAACAACUAUGCUUUGGGAGUGCGAGCCAUCCAUGAGUUUGAAGGAUACUUUCGUCAGAACAUGCCAGAUGCUGUUGAAGAGUGUUGCCUCUGCAAAAAUAUUGUGUUCCGAGGUUACAACUGCCCGGCUUGUAGUAAGGCUGUCCACACAAGAUGUCUGAUCCGGUACUUGGAAAAAGUGGAAAAGUGGCCUUGCUGCAAAUUUGACUUCAAUCAAGAUCAAUUGGAGCGUCUCAAUAAUGAAGGUUCCAGACUAACGCAGACACAAGUAUCAGAUAAUUCACGCCAUUCUGCGGACUCCAGUAUUGAAGAUGAGGGAACAAAUGACACUCAAGAAAAUCAGUCCAUAGCUGGGCCUUCACAAGUUCAAGAGUCAUCGGAAACCAUGGAUAUGAGCCAAGAUGUCAUACCGGAGAUCUCACAGAGAGUUACCAGGAAGAGAAAACGACAAUAAAUAAGUUUCCAUACCCAUAAGUUUCUAUUUGGUAAGAUUUGUUUGUCUAUGGUUUCUUAGUUUCUUUUUGUUUGUAUUUUGUAGAAGUUGAUUAGUUUUUUUUAUUUUUUUAUUUGUAUUUAGAAUUUUGUAGUACUUUUGUCUUGAUGGAAAUUUCUAUUAAUUUCAACUCUAAGUAAAUACCUUACAUGCAUAAGAUUUAUUGAAUGUCUAGUAGUUUGGAAUUAGCAGAUGUUUUUGUCAGGACAACUUUAAUAUUUUUAUUUUAAUAAAAGCAAAGAUAAGGGCCAUUUAAUUCUAAGCUUUUUUAAACUGUAAGUUGCAAUUGUCGUAACGCGAUUAUCUUAUUGACAUUCCUAAGAUGUUUAAUGUGUGCAAUGCUUCGUAAUUUGGUACAUGUUAAACAUAGUUUUAUAAUGAAGGUAUACAAUGCCUUAGGUUUUAUACCAAAACAAUUGUUAUCUGCUGGUUACAAAUAAACGCCAGAUUCAAAAUAUAAA